AUGAAGAGAGGCAAGAAGGCAGAGGAGGCACCAGCAGAAGGGGACAAUGAUGCCGCCUCUGAAAGUACUCCCAAGAAAGCAAAGAAGACUAAAGAACCAGAAGCCCCUAUUUUGUACGAAGAUCCCCCUGAUAAAAUGACCAGCAAAGAUGGACGUGAUGCCAACAUGAAGAUCACUUCUUGGAACGUCGACGGACUGAGAGCCUGGGUGAAGAAGAAUGGCCUGGAUUGGGUGCGUGAGGAGAAUCCAGACAUCCUGUGCCUGCAGGAGACCAAGUGCGCGGAGAAAAGCCUGCCUGCCGCCAUCACAUCCAUGCCCGAGUACCCGCACAAGUACUGGUGCGGGUCGGAAGAAAAGGAAGGCUACAGCGGCGUGGCCAUGCUCUGCAAAACGGAACCGGUCAAAGUGACGUACGGCAUCGGUAAAGAAGAACACGAUAAGGAAGGCCGCGUCAUUACCGCAGAGUUCCCCACUUUCUACCUGGUGACAGCCUACGUCCCCAAUGCCAGCAAAGGUCUCGUCCGCUUAGACUACCGCAAAACCUGGGACGUAGACUUCCGCUCCUACUUGAGCGAGCUGGAUGUACAGAAGCCCGUGGUGCUGUGCGGCGACCUCAAUGUGGCCCACCAAGAGAUCGACCUGAAAAACCCCAAGGGGAACAAGAAGAACGCCGGCUUUACACCGGAGGAGCGCGAGGGCUUCGGCCAGCUACUGGAGGCCGGUUUCGUCGACAGCUUCCGUGAGCUUUACCCCGAGCAGGCCAACGCCUACACCUUCUGGACCUACAUGAUGAAUUCCAGGUCUAAGAACGUGGGCUGGAGGCUGGAUUAUUUUGUGCUCUCAUCCUCCCUGGUGCCCGCUUUGUGCGAUAGCAAGAUUCGCACCAAAGCUAUGGGGAGCGACCACUGCCCUAUUACACUGCAUAUUGUCGUAUAG